UGUUGAUAAGAGCUUGCAUUCAUUAUAGUAAGCAGAGAAUUCCUCUUAUAUUUGUGUAGAGGAGGGAUUCUCUUGUGAUGUGUGUGACUAUAUCUUACUCCUGUGUGUGUAUAUUUAUCCAAUUACUGUGCAUAAACCACUCUCAUUUCUAUGGUAAAUGCAAAUCGAUGCUGAUUAUCUUUAUACUACUGUAUGUUCCUCGUGCUAACCCACUUAUUUGCAAGAACUGGUGCUUUUUCUCUGUUUUCCCCAAAUCCUCUCUAUCAUAUUUUUUGCCAGUCCUCCCCUCCGCACAAAGAUGUGUUUUCUGUGUUACAUUGGAAUUCACACAUUUUGUCACUGCCUCUACCUUCCCUAUGUCACACAUAUUCUCUUUCCCUCACACAUUCUCUCUCUCCCACCUCCCCAUCAUCACAGUGCAGUGUGUAUACGCUGAUUGCUGCAGUAUACGGGGACUGAUUGGGGUAUUGAGCUCACACACAUGCCUUCUUACAUGACUGCCCUCGCAUGUCUCCAGACAUAUGUCUCCACUCAGGCACCACUUCACCUCUCAUCUGAAGGGGAGAUGCUCAGCGGUGGAUUUAGAAGGUGAUUCAAUCGAUUUAUCACCCUUAUAUACUGAUUCACUGCAACAUGGCUCUGUUGGUCUUUUUCCUUCUGCUCUUGCCAUUACCUCUUCCUACUACAGCCUCCUCAACCAACUCUACCUCGUGUGGACCCACUGAUGAACAAAAUGGUGAAUGCAUAGAUGGGGUCCUGCUGCCCGCCUGGCUGCCUCACCCUCCCACCACAGGAGACCGAGCAGCCCGAGCUAUUGUGUAUUUUGUGGCACUUGUCUAUAUGUUCCUUGGCAUGUCCAUUGUAGCUGACCGUUUCAUGGCAUCCAUAGAAGUCAUAACAUCACAGGAACGUAAAGUCACUUUCCGGCGCCCAAAUGGAGAGGUGACAGUCACCAGUGUACGCUUGUGGAACGAGACUGUUUCCAAUUUAACAUUGAUGGCCUUAGGUUCCUCAGCACCGGAAAUAUUGCUUUCAAUUAUUGAGGUGGUUGGACGAGGGUUUGAAGCAGGGGAUAUGGGCCCCAGCACCAUUGUAGGCUCAGCAGCAUUUAACAUGUUUGUUAUUAUUGGCCUUUGUGUUUCAGUUGUCCCUGAUGGAGAGACCCGACGUAUCCGCCACCCACGUGUCUUUGCAGUCACUGCAUUUUGGAGUGUUUUUGCCUAUGUAUGGCUUUUUUUGAUCCUGUCUUGGUUCUCACCUGGAGAAGUCGAGGUGUGGGAAGCUCUACUUACAUUCUCAUUCUUCCCUCUGUGUGUUUUGCAAGCCUGGAUUGCUGACAGGCGUCUUCUUUUCUACAAAUAUGCUAGACGUGGCCGAGAAGGUAGAGCAAAAUACAGGGCAGGCAAAAGCAGAGGAGUACUCGUGGGGGCAGAAGAUGCAGAAGCUCAAGAAGAAGCUGGAGAGUUGAGAUUGGCUGGAGGAGAAAGACUAACAGAUGAGGAGGAAGAGGAGGAGAGAAGGGAUAUGGCCAGAGUUUUUAAAGAUAUGCGUCAAAGAUAUCCAGGAAAAGAUAUGGAGCAGUUGAUGGAGUUGACAAAUUACCAGUCCCUUGUUCAGCAGCAGAAAAGCAGAGCUUUCUACAGGAUACAGGCCACCAGAAUGAUGACUGGAGCAGGAAAUGUACUGAAGAAACAUGCAGCAGACCAAGCUAGGAGGGCCUUGACAGAUGGAGGGACCAGAGGAGCAGAAGGGGCAGGGCGUGGAGAAGAGGAAGAACCCUGGACUGAGAUGGAAUUUGAUCCUACACAUUAUCAGUGUUUUGAAAACUGUGGUACAGUUAGCCUUUGGGUGACUUGUAUAAGGGCUGAAGGAGAGGGUGCAGUGCAAGUGGACUACAGGACAGAAGAUGGCACAGCCAAUGCAGGGUCUGAUUAUGAGCUGGCCAAAGGUACACUAGUCUUCCAACCUGGGGAAGUCAAGAAGGAGUUGCGCUUGGGCAUUAUUGAUGAUGAUGUGUUUGAGGAGGAUGAGUAUUUCUAUGUACAAUUGAGCAACCCGCGGAAAACAAGAGGGGCAAGGGAGGGAACAGGCAGGGUAAGACUGGGGAAUGGCUGGAGGGCCACAGUGACUAUUUUUGAUGAUGACCAUGCAGGGAUCUUCAGCUUUGAAUCGGGCAGCUUGAGGGUGAGUGAGAGUGUAGGCACAACAAAAGUAAAAGUAGUAAGAGGAUCAGGUGCCCGAGGGAAAGUGGUGAUUCCCUACAAGACCAUGGAAGGCACUGCCAAGGCAGGAGAGGAUUAUCUCGAAGUGGCUGGGAAGGUCGAGUUCCAGAAUGAUGAGACCUCGAGAUUAAUUGAAAUACAGGUCAUCGACGAUGAAGAAUAUGAGAAAAAUAAAAGUUUCUUCAUAGAACUCGGGGAGCCAGAAAUGCAGAGAGGAGAUUCUGGUGAAAUGUGGCUUGUGGCAGCCAAAGGAGGAGGAGAAGUUGCUGGAAGUCCCAGUUUGGGGGAGCACCGUAAGAUGGAAGUCAUAAUAGAAGAGUCUUAUGAGUUUAAGAACACGGUGGAUAAGCUGAUAAAGAAAGCCAACCUGGCUCUUGUUGUUGGGAGCAGCAGCUGGAGGGAGCAGUUUGUGAGCGCAGUGACUGUGAGCGCAGGAGAUGAUGAUGAUGAUGAUGAGAGCAGUGAGGAAGGGCUGCCCAGUUGCUGCGACUACAUCAUGCAUUUCCUCACCGUCUUCUGGAAGGUUCUCUUUGCUUUUGUGCCUCCCACUGAGUACUGGGGUGGAUGGGCCUGUUUCCUUGUUUCCAUCUGCAUCAUUGGGAUACUCACUGCUGUUACUGGGGACCUGGCCACUCACUUUGGCUGCACUGUGGGACUCAAGGACUCGGUCACUGCUGUGGUCUUUGUUGCUUUGGGGACAUCUGUACCAGACACGUUUGCAAGUAAAGUUGCGGCUGUGCAGGACCCCCAUGCGGAUGCUUCCAUCGGAAAUGUGACAGGCAGUAACGCAGUGAAUGUUUUCCUGGGCCUGGGUGUGGCCUGGAGUAUCGCUGCCAUAUACUGGGCUGGGAAAGGUCAGAAAUUCCAUGUGGUCCCUGGGAACCUUGCGUUCUCAGUCACCCUCUUCACAGGACUCUCCAUUAUCUGCCUCGUCAUACUUCUCUAUAGAAGACGCCCACCCAUUGGUGGAGAAUUGGGAGGCCCACGGAUCCCUAAAGCCCUUACCUCACUCCUCUUCUUUGGGUUGUGGUUGAUUUACAUCCUAGUGGCAUCCCUGGAGGCUUAUUGUCACAUCCAUGGCUUCUGACGUCUUUCAUCAGCAGAAGUCUUCAUUGGAACCUGUCUUCCGGGAAUCCUGGGGCAAAGCAAACUUCUAGGGUUAUGAUGACUUCUUCUGGGACAACAUAUUAGAUCUCUGGUGGCACUGACAAAAAAUUCAAUGUUAAGAGACGUUUGUCAUCCCUAAUUUCUACUGUCUGGGGCAGUAACUAAAUGAAUCCCUUAGGAACACUUAGACAAUUGCCACUGUUCUGUAUUUUUAAUGGGAUAGUAAUACCCCAUGUUGAGGCAAUAAAUAGCAUUUCCAUCUUCUGAACUCACCAGCCAUACAAGAGGCACAAAUACCGUUAGAGCUAUGGAGAGGAACAGGAGUUUUCGAGGAGUCCAAGGCCUUUCCCUUCUACCUUAUUCUAUAAUUGUUACUACAAACAGCACAAUUUAACACAAGGAAUUUCUACAUAUGGGGCAACGUUUGUCUUUUUUGGGUUUCAUGGUUCAUUCCAAGGACUUGUUAAGCAUUAUGGUCAUGGAUUUGUUAAGUUGGGUUGGUGUGUGGAAGAGGAAAGUGUAAUUGAUGACUGAAUAAAGGGGGAUAGUGGAAGAAUACAACUAGUAGAGGGACUUGCAAAGUGGAGCUUUCAGGAGUGUAGGUACAGGAGUUGAAGGGAUCUUAAAGGAGAAUGAAAUGUUAAAGCUAAGUGAGCUUUAUCAGAAAGGUCUAUAUAAAUACACCAGUAACCCC